UACAGGGAUUGUUAUGUAUGUACUGAGCAGUUUGUCUCUAUUUUCUAUUUCGGCUUUGUAAUACUAGCCCCUUUCUCUCCCUAUUUUAUGUGUUCCUGAGUCUUGAAAGUCGCGUUUGAUACCAUUCAAAUUAAAAAAAAAAUGCCACCGGAUCGGAAUACUAGAGUAAGCUGCGAUCCUCCUCCAGAAGGGCAGCACCGUACCUGUUCUACCAAUAGUAAUACGGGCUUAGUUUGGGUAUCUGACUUAGACACCUCGCGGAAGCUGCUUAGAUCUCAUAUCGCAAAACGUACCCACGCAAUUGUUAGGAGAAAAGGGGUUCUUGAGUAUCAGCAACAAAAAGAAACUCCAAAUAGUGUUCCUGGAAGAUCUACUACGCCUCUCAAUGGUGGUAUGACUAGCGAAGAGUAUCAUCGUAACCAGGCCUUCCCAGUGUUCUACACUCCAUAUGACAACCGAGCACAUGAUUAUCAUAUACCCCAUUGGAUAACAACACAUACGCCCUCGCCACGCGGAGAUUCAUUUAACCAUUCUCCAGUUCCAUUAUCGUCGUUUGAAAACUCGCUUAUGAGCCACUAUAUUUCUACAAUAGUGAAUGGCUACAGUAGCAGCCCCUACUCUUCAUACCAACAUGCGGCUAUGAAUGAUUGGCUCCCGGUAGCCAUCGCAGAUCCUGGCAUGCGGAUGGGUCUCUUCCUUUGCGCGUCCCGUAGCUUAUACGCUCGUACGGGUGCAUGGCUAUAUUUUCAAUAUGAUCUACAGUAUAAGGCUGUCCGUUUAAGGAUUCUCAGCAAUGCUAUCAGGACAGCACUUGAAACGACCGAAACCGAGUCUAUAUCCGCAGCAGGAGAUGUCAAUAUCUCUACUGCGCUUCAGCUAGCUUCAGAUGAAUCUGCAGCAGGGGAUGCUGCCGCGUUAAAACGCCAUAUUAGUGCUGUGAGCCAGAUGGUCUCGUUGAAUGGAGGUUUAGAAAAUAUUAAAGGAAUGAAUGGAUUCUUGAAAGUGAUGAUAAACAUUCUAGUUUGUAAACAUCGACGAAUGAUUGAAUCAACUGGCUUCGACAAUCAAGAUCGCUCCAGGUUAUACACUCUAGAUUAUUUCUUUAGUUAUCUGAUUUAAUAUAAC